GGGAAAGUUCAGUUUUAGCCAUCUGGCAACACUGGCUGAUCCGUAUUGCGAUAUUUGCGAUUUGUGGUUAUGGUUAUCACGAUUUCGUGAUCGCCGCGAUGUACAUGUACAUAUAUCGGUUUAUAAUGGCAUUUAUUUUGAUAUCCAAUUAAUAUUUUCUCGAUAAGAAGAAAAGGGAGAGGAAAAAUAACGUAGUAAGAGAUGUUGGGCACUCUAUGCGGUCGUCUGCCGCGCGAGUUGUUCUGUAACAAGGGGCCGUGGAGUAUGAUGAAAAAUACAUACAGCAGUGGAAUCGGGACACGAUUAAUAUUAUCCAACAGAUUCCACGUUGCCGGGCGUAAUCCCGUAUUUUCUCUUCUCGACAUCAGGUGUUGUAGCGGCAAUGUAAUCGAUCGUGCUCAGAAGAAGAAGAACGUACCGCAAUCCAAGUCUGUCGUGCCACCAAUAAAAUUCGUAUCGGUUGUCACUGGAUUAACCGGGGCGAAGCCUGGCCAGCAAAAGAGAAAUUGCUUCCAUCCUGGCGUCUCUAGUUUGGGCAGAGAUGCCAUUGAUUUACAAGACAAACCGUCGGUCACCAGUACGGACAUGUUAAAAGCCAUGCUCCAAUAUAUUUGGCCAGAAGAUGACCCGGAAAUACGGAAAAGGGUGAAAAUAGCAGUGGGUCUACUUGUCGGAGCCAAGGUCUUGAAUGUUCUCGUGCCGUUUAUUUUCAAGUAUGCGAUAGAUAUUUUAAACGCCCAUACCGCAGCAGUGUCCGGCGGUGCCGCGAUGGCUUUAACGACCGCGCCUGCAACAGUUGCGACCAUGGCAACAUCGCUCCUUGUAGGAUAUGGAAUAGCACGGGCUGGAGCAGCCGGUUUCAGCGAACUUAGAAACGCGGUUUUUGCGAAGGUCGCGCAGCACUCUAUUCGCAAGAUCGCGAAGAACGUUUUCGUGCAUCUGCACAAUCUCGAUAUGGCUUUUCACUUGAGCAGACAGACCGGCGCUUUAUCGAAGACAAUCGAUCGUGGCAGCCGCGGUAUUAAUUUCGUUUUAAAUGCCAUGGUGUUCAACGUUGUGCCUACAGUAUUCGAGCUAGCACUAGUCAGCGCGAUAUUGGGGAUAAAAUGUGGAGCGGAGUACUCGGCCGUAGCGUUGGGAUGCGUAGGCGUUUACACUGUAUUCACAUUAUCCGUGACACAGUGGCGCACCAAAUUCAGAAUACGUAUGAAUCAAGCGGAAAACGAAGCGGGCAACAAAGCGAUAGACUCGCUCAUCAAUUACGAAACAGUAAAGUAUUUCAACAAUGAGAAGUUCGAGGCGGAAAGAUACGAUCAAUCUUUGAAGAAAUACGAAACGUCGUCCCUCAAGACCAGCACGAGCCUAGCGAUGUUGAACUUCGGGCAGAACGCCAUUUUCAGCGGCGCGCUGAGCCUAAUCAUGGUACUGGCGGCGCAGAAUAUCGUAAACGGCACUAUGACUGUCGGUGACUUGGUGAUGGUAAAUGCCUUGCUGUUCCAGCUUUCGGUUCCUCUAGGUUUCCUAGGCUCUGUCUAUCGGGAAGUAAGACAGGCCUUCAUCGACAUGCAAACUAUGUUUAUUCUCAUGACAACGGACACCGCGAUUAAAUCGAAGGAAAAUGCACUGAGAUUUCACGUGGCACCAGCUUCGUCGGAAAUUCAAUUUAGAAACGUAAAUUUCCAAUACGUCGAGGGGAAGCCUAUUUUUAAAAACGUAUCAUUCACUAUACCGAGUGGCAAGAAGGUGGCUAUAGUGGGAGGAUCUGGUUGUGGCAAAACCACAAUUGUGAGAUUAUUGUAUAGAUUUUACGAACCGCAGAGCGGCAAUAUUUACAUCAAUGGUCACAACAUUCGAGAUGUCGAUUUAGAAGACCUCAGACAAUGCAUUUCAAUUGUGCCCCAGGACACAGUGCUCUUUCACGAAAGUAUAUUCUACAAUCUGCACUACGGUAAUCUGAGAAAGUCACGCGACCAAGUUUUCGAGGCCGCGAGGAUGGCCAAUCUACACGACGCGAUACUGAAGUGGCCGCAAGGAUACGACACGCCCGUCGGGGAACGCGGCUUGAAAUUAAGCGGAGGGGAGAAGCAGAGAGUUGCCAUCGCCAGGGCAAUUUUGAAGAACAGUCCUAUAUUGAUCUUCGACGAGGCUACUUCCUCGCUGGAUUCCAUUACGGAACACAAUAUACUUGAUGCUCUGCGCAAAGCGACGGAGAAGCGGACUUCGAUCGUGAUCGCGCAUCGUUUGUUGACAGUCAUGGAUGCCGAUGACAUACUUGUGUUAGAUCAGGGUAAUUUGGUCGAGAGGGGCACGCACGAUUCGUUGCUGUCUGUACCGAAUUCUUUCUACCGCAAAUUGUGGGAGACUCAGUACUUAGGCAUGAAGAGAUCGCAGGAACAAGAAGAAAAGAGUGAACAGUCGAAUUAAAGAUAGUAUAAUCUAGGUAAAGAUACCGUUUAUAAAAGGUGUUGUUUUAUAAUCGGAAUUUGACAGUGGGACGAGAAGAAUGUCGCGGAUGAUGAUAAAGUAUUUUAAAGCUGUACAUACAAGUACGAGUAUUAGUGCGAAGAUAAGCGACGAUAUUUGUUACAAGAUCAGUGUACAAAACCAGUGUAUAUAUUUGUUGUUACAUAGUAAUAAAUGUUAAAUAGCCUCCUCCGUUGUGUACAUACAUUCUCGCGAGUAGUUCAGUCAGUUGUCAACAAAUUACUUCAGAAUAAUUUGUACACACCUAAAUCAACCAGACGUUUCCACGUCUUGUAAUAUAUCUCGAAACUUUGUGAAAAAUGUACAUAGUUUAUAUUGUUCGAAAUAUAAUUUAACUGUAAAUAAAGUGUGAGUAUGGUUUUUC